AUGGAGUUUGACGAAGACAUGUCGGGGCUGCAGAUCGAAGACCUGGGCGAGUACUUUUUGCAAACCGACGCGGGCGACAAUUGGAAGGGCUUUUCUCUCGGAUACACGGAUGACGCCUCGCAGUCACGAGUGGAACGAUCGAGCGCGACGUUGAUGUAUGGUUCGGAUCGUUUGGCUGCAGCGCUUGCGCCAACUGCUGGAGAUACUUCCAUGCAGUAUAUGGCGUCACCGGCACUGUCGAAUUUCUCCGACGCGCUGAAAUACGGCGAUAGAAUUGGCGUCGGGUUGGGCUUUGGCGCGCCCACGAAAGAGUUGGCGACGUCGUUCCGGACAGGAUGGACUCCUGAAAGUGCCAAAGCUGAUGUGGCCAUGAUGUGUCCGACAGCGAGGGAGGAGAUGGAACUCGCCAAUUUUAGUCUAGAUCACGACGAGACACCGACGGCGUGCGGCGUGUCCGAUACAAUGGCACCACAUGCAGUGGCACCACGUGGCGAACACGUCAAGUCUGCGGCUUUCAGUUUACAGCAAAGUGCGCGGUAUCAAAACGUCUUGAUCAGCGACGAUGAUGAUGAUGAUGCGAAAGGUUGUAGAAGGGCCGUCACACCUACGCGCGUGUGCUCGACUAUUGGCAGCGCAUCAAGUAUCGGUGCAUCUUCACCAACGCCAGAUGAUGAUCGAGGUACUCGAAAAAAGUCACGUGAGAAGAUGCGCCGUCAAGAAGUGAACGUCAAAUUUGAAAAGCUUGUAGACCUGCUCGGACUAUCCAACCGCGUUCGAAAGAGUGCUAUUUUGCAGGAAGCUGUAUCGACGAUUACGUCACUGAAACGAGAGCGGGAUGAGUUGCGCCGUGACCGUGAUCGUCUACAGCAAGAAGUCAGCAAGUUGGCUACGUUCCUGCAGUACUCACAACUGGGAUCGGUGGCUGCCGCCAUGGCGCAGCAGUCGAACCAGCAACUUUCUCGCAUGACCCCGUCGGUAGAGCAGCUUGAUCCGCAGCAACAGCAGCAACAACGAGCAGAAGCUGUGUCAAGCGGAGUGCAGGCGGCGCGCACGCACACGCCCAGCGUUUCGUGUUAUCCUGGCGCAACUUGCUUCCCUCUCAGCUCGGCGUUCCCGAAUAUCGUAUCGCAGCUGGGACCACGUUCAUCCUCAGCGUCACCAGUGCCCGGUCAAGUUGCUAUCGCUCCGAAGUGUUCAAAGCGGACACGUUCCGUUUCAGCAUACCCCACAAUCGCCCCCGACGUAAAUAUGAAGUAA